AUGUCUAAACAUCUGAUCGGCCUCAUUGCUCUGUUUGUGAUAGAUGAAAGCGUCAGCGUAGAUGAUGUCAAUGAUGUGCUGACCUCUGGCCAUGACUACUUGAACGGCAAACUACCAUAUGGGCCCGCCUCCUGGAUCUACUGGCUAGUGUCAGACCCGCCGCCUAAGGACGCACCAAAGGAUACCAGAGACGAAACAAAAGCACCAAUCAACGACUUACCCAAGGCUUUUAUUGGCAAAGAUCUUGAAUUUUGCGCAAAAUAUCUGAACAAGGAGCUUAGCUCUGCAUUCCUCAAGGAAAACAUUGUUGUGGUGCUCGAUGACCGCACUACUAAGGAUGGAUCAGUAAAGGUCUGCAAGUUUACGGAAGCGCUCAGUGUUGAGGCAAUCAGGGCAACUCCUAGAGCUGCAGCGCUCAGUUUGUCUGGAAAUGUGGAUUGGGUAGAGCUGCGGGACCAUUGGGAGCACGCGAAGGAGAAGGGCAACGACGUGAUAGAUGAGAAAGAUUAA